AUGUCAUCUUUAGCCCAACAACUACAGCGUCUUGCUGUACCUCAAACAGCUAAUCUAGCAAUACAUGAUAAAGAGAGAAAAUCAUUAUUAUUUGAUCCUAAAGAAGCUGCUAAUUUUGAUAAAGAAACUUUUUUCUCCAUUGGUAUAAAUGGUUUGGAAGAACUAUCCUCUAUUAAUCCGGUAUUUCGAGAGUUUGAGAAAAGUUUAUUCAAUGAGAAUGCCCAGAAUUUCCAAAGAGCAGUUCAAACUAAAGAAGUGAAUGAGAAAUUAGAUGAGACUAUUACUGAAUUCUUAUUACAUUUAUCACCAUAUUUUCUACUGAAACCAGCUCAGAAAGCUCUAGAAUGGCUCAUUUUCAGGUAG